AUGGACUCCUCAUUUGUUCCAAUGAAUAGCGCAAAGUUUAUAGUACCUCACGUUUUACAAGAAGAUUCGUUUGACUGCGGUCUUGCGUGCGUAUGCAUGAUCUUGAAAGCCCUAGGGUUUGUUAAUUUAAACUUAUGGGAAGUUCGCAAUAAAGUGAUAGUUUCUAGCAUUUGGACAAUUGACUUGGCUUUUUUGUUAAGGAACUAUUUACCAGAGCUUGACUUUACCUUCUACACCGCCUAUGCCGGAGCGAGAGUCCAAUAUAAGAAUGACAAGUUUUAUAGAUCAUCAUUUGACGAAGAUGAGAACAGAGUCAAUCGAUUGUUUUCAAUUGCAAAAAAUAGCAACAUAAAAGUAAUACGGAUGGUCUUACCUCUUGAAGACUUUAAACGAUUCCUAAGUAAUUCGAGGUUCGCGAUAAUAGCAUUAGUAAAUGCAAAAUUAUUGGAUUGUCAAAGAUGUCAAGAAGCACGACGAAUAUGUUGUGUUCCCUUAUGCAAUAACAUUGAUUCCCUCGUCGAUACACUCAGAGGUCAUGAUUAUGUUG